AUGAAGUGUGACACAACAGCUCAACGAUUUAUCGCCACGUCAGUUGAAGAAAAAACAAUGCUGCGUAUCAUGAACUGCAACACAUUGAAAGAAAUGUGGGACAAGCUAGUGUCUAUUUACGAACAAAAAUCUGGAAGCAGCGUGUGCAUGCUACUGCAACAGUGGUAUAAUCUUGCACAUCGCUUGCAGAUUCUUGGUGAGCAAAUACCGGAGCAAAUAGUUGUAACAAAAAUAUUGGUGACUUUACCAGUGGCAUACAAAUAUUUUGUGAGGGCAUGGGAAUCUGUGCAGGCAAGUGAACAAACACUUAGUAAUCUGAUCUCCAGACUUGCCAUUGAGGAAAAUGGAAUACAUUCUUCACCCAAUGGAGAAGCUCUCAUUGAAGAAGCAAUGUUUAGUGCAAGUGAUUCAGAUACAACUGGAGAAGCAUGGUAUAUGGAUUCAGGAGCAACUGACCACAUGUCCAAUCUGACUGGCAAUCAACAGUCUUGGUUCACCACCUAUGAAGAAUUUCCAGAGGCAAGACCUGUUCGUAUUGGUGAUGUUAAGUAUAUUCCUGCUCUUGGAUCUGGAAACACUAAUAUUCUGGCCUACACUGGAAAGGAAUGGAAGAAGAAGCACAUUAGCAAGGUUUUGUAUGUUUCGGAGUUGAUCUACAAUCUGUUCUCUUUAGGUGUUGCCCUCAAUAAAGGUAUGACACAUCAAUCUGACAAUAGAAUGUGUAAAUUUUUAAACAACAACAGUGUUGUUAAAGUGGGAGAGAGAUAUGACAAGCUGUUUAAAAUGAAAUUUAAGGUUGUGUCAGAUAGUGAGUACUGUGCAAAUGUUGCUGUGUGUGAACCUCUUUUUCUGUGGCACAAGAGAAUAUCACAACAAAAUAUUGUGCAAGUUAAGCAAGUUUUGUCAAGUGAUAACAUAAAUUUGCUAGAUCAGAAGUUUCAGUGUGAAGACUGCAUUAUUUGUAAAAUGUGA